CAGCCAGAGCCAAUGGCGAUGGGCUGUGGAAAGGGGAACAGUUAAAUUUGUACUUUGGGUUGUGUGAAAACUUCUUUGGGGCCUCAUCAACAACCACAGAACCACAAGUUGGGUAGCCUGGCAGUGACAGAAGUCUGCACACAGUGGUCAGCAGGCAGGACGAAUCACACAGACUGCAAACCACAGGGUUUCACAGGGUGGUGAGCGCCAUCAACCCACAGCCAAGUCAUCGCUUUUUUUUUUUUUUUUAAUCUUUAACAAUUUGAAUAUUUCUUUUUGCAAAGGUAAAAGAAAUCACUUAGUCCCCUGUCUUCAGAAGAGUGCAUUUCAGGAGGAAGCCAUGGCUUCAGACAGCAUAUUUGAGUCAUUUCCUUCGUACCCACAGUGCUUCAUGAGAGAUGCCAGCACGAGCCGCCGCUUCACGCCGCCUUCCACCGCGCUGAGCCCGGGCAAGAUGAGCGAGGCGCUGCCGCUGGGCGCCCCGGACGCCGGCGCCGCCCUGGCCGGCAAGCUGAGGAGCGGCGACCGCAGCAUGGUGGAGGUGCUGGCCGACCACCCGGGCGAGCUGGUGCGCACCGACAGCCCCAACUUCCUCUGCUCCGUACUGCCGACGCACUGGCGCUGCAACAAGACCCUGCCCAUCGCCUUCAAGGUGGUGGCUCUGGGGGACGUCCCAGAUGGCACUCUGGUCACUGUGAUGGCUGGCAAUGAUGAAAACUACUCGGCUGAGCUGAGAAAUGCCACCGCAGCCAUGAAGAACCAAGUCGCAAGAUUCAACGACCUCAGGUUUGUCGGGCGCAGCGGAAGAGGGAAGAGCUUCACCCUGACCAUCACUGUCUUCACAAACCCUCCACAAGUCGCCACCUACCACAGAGCCAUCAAAAUCACCGUGGAUGGACCCAGGGAACCUCGAAGACACCGGCAGAAGCUAGAUGACCAGGCCAAGCCCGGGAGCUUGUCCUUCUCCGAGCGGCUCAGUGAGCUGGAGCAGCUGCGGCGGACAGCCAUGAGGGUUAGCCCACACCACCCAGCCCCCACACCCAACCGCGCCUCCGUGAACCACGCCGCUGCCUUUAACCCUCAGCCUCAGAGUCAGAUACAGGACUCUAGGCAGAUCCAGCCGUCCCCACCGUGGUCCUAUGAUCAGUCCUACCAGUACCUGGGAUCGAUCGCCUCUCCUUCCGUGCACCCAGCAACACCCAUCUCGCCUGGACGGGCCAGUGGCAUGACAACCCUCUCUGCCGAGCUUUCCAGCCGGCUCACAACCGCACCGGAUCUGACGGCCUUCGGCGACCCUCGCCAGUUCCCCGCGCUGCCCUCCAUCUCGGACCCGCGCAUGCACUACCCCGGCGCCUUCACUUACUCGCCCACGCCCGUCACGUCGGGCAUCGGCAUCGGCAUGCCAGCCAUGGGCUCGGCCACGCGCUACCACACGUACCUGCCGCCACCCUACCCCGGCUCGUCACAGGCGCAGGGCGGCCCGUUCCAGGCCGGCUCGCCGUCCUACCACCUGUACUACGGCGCUUCAGCCGGCUCCUACCAGUUCUCCAUGGUGGGUGGCGAGCGCUCCCCGCCGCGCAUCCUGCCGCCCUGCACCAACGCUUCUACGGGCUCGGCCCUGCUCAACCCCAGCCUCCCGAACCAGAACGACGGGGUGGAGGCCGAGGGCAGCCACAGCAACUCGCCCACCAACAUGGCGCCCACCGCGCGCCUCGAAGAGGCCGUGUGGCGGCCAUAUUGAGGCGCGCGCUUUCUGCGUCAUCAGGGAGCCCGCGGGCUUCCGGGAAUGCGUCCCCGUGUUACCAGGUCGCGCACUGGCCACGUGACAGCGCCUGGGAAGAACAACCUCCUGCAGAGCCCGGCUUCCGUCCGGAGGAGCCUCCAUAGGCCCAGCACCGGCCAGGGGUGAGCACGCUGCGGGGUCGCCCCCAGUCCGGGCCUCCAAGGCGCUUUCGCUUCCGAAGCCCAUGCAAUUCGCAAUUUCUGUUGGCCCAUCUCACAUUUUUCCAACCUGACACAACUUGAGGGUGUCCACCUCAACCACCGCUCGGACGCGUUGUAAGGCAAGCAGGAAGAUUCCCAUAGGGAAACUGUGAAUGCUUAUGAUUUAGUAAUGCUGUGAAUAAAAGAAAGAUUUUAUACCCUUGACUUUAACUUUUUAACCAAGUUGUUUAUUCCAAAGAGUGUGGAAUUUGUGUUUGGG